AUGCCGAACACACCUUCAACAAGAUGGUCGCUGAUUGAUGACUUUUCUACUAUUCAUAAUCCAAAUUCAGUAUGGUCUUAUGGCUUCAAACCAGCCGGUUUUCAAGUUUCAGGAGACUUUAGUUUAUUCACACACUUAGACCUUGAUCCAAAAUCCAGUGGAAUAGUCGCAUGGUUUGCUGCUGAUAACUCUUGGCAGUUAAACCAUUAUUUAGGUAUAUAUUUUAAUCCUAAUCAAAAAAUUAUUGUUUUAAGUGGAUUUGAUAAUAGCACCACUAAUAACUUUGGUGAUGGUUUUGCGAGUUUUAAUCCUUAUGGUGUAGCCUUGCAUCCUGGCGAUGACGGCAGAUUUGCUGUAGUGAGAUUUAUUGCACCAUUAGAUGGGAAUUAUACUUUAAAAGUAUCAUUUUCGCAUGUUAUAAAUAAUUAUAGUACCUCAAGUAGUUCAGAAACAGGUGGUUAUAUAAUACAUAAUAAUAGGAUAAUGCUUUGGGAAACUGAUAUAAUUGGUGUAGGAAAUACAAAAACAUUCACUUCUCCUGGGUAUGGUAUCCAUAUUAAAGAAAAUGAUACAAUUGAUUUUAUUGUAGGAAUUGGCCAAGAUAAUUCUAUUGAAUUCGAGAUGACUAUGACUAAUGUUGAAAUCAAUUUAUUACCUGAAAUUAAAAAUUCAACGACAACUCGAAUGAAUCAAACUAACACGAAUCAUAAUGUUCUUAUGAUUGCUAUAUCACUUGGAGCUGUAUUAGGUUUCGUAAUUUGUACAAUCGUGGCCUAUUUCGGUUAUCUAUAUUUUAAAAAACGAAAAAGAAUAUUGUAUGAUAAUUCAUCCGAUUUUACUUUUGCUGACGGUUAUUUUUAA